AUGUCCGCUCAACCCCCCGCCAUCUACCGCGACGGCUUCAUGUACUUCGACAGCCGCAUGCACCUCGAAGUGCGCCAAUUCGAAUGGCACGCGCGCGCCACCGCCUCCGAGCUACGCGCGCUCCUCCUCUCCGGUCCCGUCCCGCCCUCAAAGGAAAAACCAGUGAUGUGGUGGGAGGCCCAGAUGCGCCACUACGGCUUCGCGCCGACCAAGUACUCCGACAAGAACAAGGCCAAGGUCAAGCUCGCUAGGCUCUUGACGGCGGGCACGUUAGCCGUGCCGGAGCAUAUUCUGAAGAUCGAGGAGGGUAUGAGGGAGGAGUAUGUGGAGGCGGCAAAGAGGAUGGGGAUUGUGUUGCCUGCGGCUGAAGCUGAAGCCGCGCCUACCGCCCCAGCUGCUCCUCCUGCCAGCACUAAACCCGUCGACGCCCCCAUCCCCGCCUGGAAGCGCAACCUCCUCCCCGCCACCGACGCCCCGCCACCGCUCCCCCGCCGCUACGACGCCGCUUUCACCCGCGCGGCAGCCGUAGCCCACAAGCGUAUCCGGCUCGCCGAAGGCAUCACGGAAGAUGAGCGGGUGGAUCUAGGCGUCGCGGCUGCAUAUGGCGCCGAGGACGAGAAAGAGGCGGCGGCUGCGGCGGCGGCGGAAGCGAGGCGAAGAAGGCCGACCGAGAUACCUGGAUUCUGGGGGGCGAGAUACAAAAUUACGGAGGGGAAGAGGGAGGUUGCUGCUAGGAGGAGGUUCGUGGGUGGUGGGAGGAGGAGAAGCGGGAAGGAUGCGGAGGGUGGGAAGGCGGCAGUGGAGGGUGGACGGAGCACUGGCGAGAGCGCGGAUGAGUGGGAGAAUGUUGGAGGACGAGAAGGUCGGAGCGAAGGGGAAGAGAACUCUGGAAGAUGGGAAGCGGAGCAGGGCGGUACUGCUCGGACGGCGGAGCGGAUUACGAGGGUUGACGACGAGCCAAGGAAGAAGCGAGCCAGAGGACAAAGCUCUUCAUAUGGCCCUGAGGCUGGGGCUGAGAGUGACCAUGAACAGGCAUCAAUGGUUGAUGAGAGCUUCACGACAGAGACGUUGUCACGAGUGAUUGAGGAAGGGAAUGAGGCUCAUGACGAUGGGGAUGAAGAUGAUGAAGACGUGCACGACGAAGAAGCUGGCCUGAAGUAUGGGCAUGGUGAUGACUCCGACGAUAGCGAUGGCUCAGAUGAAGGACUCUUUGUGCGUUGA